AUGAAUUCAAAGGAUAACUAUGAGAUAACGAAUUCCUCAGGUGAUAGUGAAAUUGAUAGUGAUAAUGAUUCAUUAUCCUAUUCAAGACCAAUAUUCGUUAGAAGAAAAGAAUCUGGUUGUGAUAAAGAGGUUUUCAAAUGUGAUGUUUCAAAGAAAGUCGUUGAUACUGUUGGCUCAGAAUUAAAAACUGAUCUCAAAUUGAAGUUUAUUCAAGCAACUGAUUUAAAGAAUAACAAUUCUUCUAAAAUAAAGCAGUUUUCUGUAGGGAAAAAGCAAAGCAUUAGGACAGGACAUUAUCGAGAAUAUGGGGAAAGUAUUCAAGGUUAUAAAUUAAUAAUUACCGAGGAAGAGUUGCAAAAAUUGGAGAAUCAAGAUACAGAGACGUCAGUUUUGUCGGAUGAUGACGAUGGAAUCGAUGUAUAUAAGUAUGAAAAUAGUAGUUUUGAUAACCGUGAGACAUUUCGAACAAUCAUUGAAAAUUAUUGGAACUCAACAAAAGACGACCUUAAGUUGCCAUUGUUGAAAUCAGUGAAAUUUAACGAUAUAGAUAUUAUUGAAUUAGAUGUAGAUUCGGUUAGGAGAUUUUACGAAAUGAGUUGUGUCCAAUUGAAUCGAGACUAUGAGGCUAUAAUUAAAGAAGAAAGAAUUAGAUGGCAUCCUGAUAAACAAGUGAAACUACUUUCCCUCGAUGACGGACAUUAUGAAGAGAAUUUCCGUAAAGUAACAAAACUUUUUCAAUUAAUUAAUUCAAUAUGGGAAGAGUUUGUUUAA